GACGAACUAGGGCAAUGGAUCCUGAGGAACUGUUGACAUUCAGAGAUGUGUCUAUAGAAUUCUCUAUGGAUGAGUGGGACUACCUGGACCCUGCUCAGCAGAAUUUGUAUCGGGAUGUCAUGUUAGAGACCUACAGUCACCUGGUCUUCCUAGGGCUUGCCAUCUCUAAGCCCGAGCUCAUCACCUGUCUGGAGCAAAGGAAAGAACCCUGGAAGGUGAAGACUCACCAGACAGUGGUCAAUCACCCAGUUAUAUCUAAUCAUUCCACCCAGAGCAAUUCACAAGUGCUGGGCAUGAAUAUUUUAUUACCAGAGAUAAUCCUGAGAAGAUAUGAAAAUGAUGGCCCUGAGAAUUUAAACUCAAUAAAAGACUGGGAUAGAGUGUAUAAGUAUAAGCAGCAGAACGUAUGUUACAAUGGACUAGAUGAAAGUUUAACAGCUAUGCAUGGUAAAAUCUACCAAUGCAGUAAAUGUUUCAAAGUUGUCAGAAAAUUAUCAAAUGUAAAUAGACAUAAGAUGUUAUAUACUGGAGAAAUAACAUUGAAGUGUAAAAAAUAUGAAAAAGUCUUAAAACUAUGCUCAAACGUCCAUAAACAUGAGAUAACCCAUUCUGUGGAAAAGCAGUACAAAUGUAAAGAAUGUUGCAAAGUCUUUAAAUCUUGCUCAAGACUGUCUAAACACAGGGGACUUCAUACUGCAGAGAAAAUUUCCCAUUGUGAGAAUGAUGACAAGUAUCUUAGCCAGAGCUCAAAAUAUUAUAACUAUGAGACAAUUUAUAAUGUAGACAAUCCUUACAAAUUUGAAGCAUGUGACAAAUCCUUUAACCAUUACUCAUCCCUAUCUGUACAUAAAAGAAUUCAUUCUGGAGAGAAACCCUACAAAUGUGAAGAAUGUUGCAAACCCUUUAAGGAUUCCUCAACUCUUUCUGUACAUAAAAGAAUUCAUUCUGUCCAGAAACCAUACAAAUGUCAAAAAUGUGGCAAAACCUUUAACCGGUACUCACAUCUUUCUGUACAUAAAAGAAUUCAUACUGGAGAGAAACCCUACAAUUGUGAAGAAUGUGGACAAGCCUUUAAUGAUUCCUCAACCCUUUCUGUACAUAAAAGAAUUCAUUCUGGAGAAAAACCUUACAAAUGUGAAGAAUGUGGAAAAGCCUUUAAGGAUUCCUCUAUUCUUUCUGCACAUAAAAGAAUUCAUUCUGGAGAGAAACCUUACAAAUGUGAAGAAUGUGGAAAAGCCUUUAACCAUUCCUCAACCCUUUCUGUACAUAAAAGAAUUCAUUCUGGAGAGAAACCCUACAAAUGUCAAGAAUGUGGAAAAGCCUUUAGGGAUUCCUCAAACUUUUCUGUACACAAAAGAAUUCAUUCUGGAGAGAAACCCUACAAAUGUGAAGAAUGUCGAAAAGUCUUUAAGAAUUCCUCAACCCUUUCUAUACAUAGAAGAAUUCAUUCUGGAGAGAAACCCUACAAAUGUCAAGAAUGUGGAAAAGCCUUUAACCAGUCCUCAAUCCUUUCUAUGCAUAAAAGAAUUCAUUCUGGAGAGAAACCCUACAAAUGUGAAGAAUGUGGAAAAGCCUUUAACCGCUACUCACACCUUUCUGUGCAUAAAAGAAUUCAUUCUGGAGAGAAACCCUACAAGUGUGAAGAAUGUGGCAAAGCCUUUAAUCAUUCCUCUACUCUUUCUGCACAUAAAAGAAUUCAUUCUGGAGAGAAACCCUACAAAUGUGAAGAAUGUGACAAAGCCUUUAAUUAUUCCUCUACUCUUUCUGCACAUAAAAGAAUUCAUUCUGGAGAGAAACCCUACAAAUGUCAAGAAUGUGGAAAAGCCUUUAACCAGUCCUCAAUCCUUUCUAUACACAAAAGAAUUCAUUCUGGAGAGAAACCCUACAAAUGUGAAGAAUGUGGCAAAGCCUUUAACCAGUACUCACAUCUUUCUGUACAUAAAAGAAUUCAUUCUGGAGAGAAACCUUACAAAUGUGAAGAAUGUGGAAAAGCCUUCAAUGAUUUCUCUAAACUUUCUGUACAUAAAAGAAUUCAUUCUGGAGAGAAACCCUACAAAUGUGAAGAAUGUGGCAAAGCCUUUAACCAGUACUCACAUCUUUCUGUACAUAAAAGAAUUCAUUCUGGAGAGAAACCUUACAAAUGUGAAGAAUGUGGAAAAGCCUUCAAUGAUUUCUCUAAACUUUCUGUACAUAAAAGAAUUCAUUCUGGAGAGAAACCCUACAAAUGUGAAGAAUGUGGAAAAGCCUUUAAGGAUUCCUCAACCCUUUCUGUACAUAAAAGAAUUCAUUCUGGAGACAAACCCUACAAAUGUGAAGAAUGUGGAAAAGCCUUUAACCAGUACUCACAUCUUUCUGUACAUAAAAGAAUUCAUUCUGGAGAGAAACCCUACAAGUGUGAAGAAUGUGGCAAAGCCUUUAACCAGUACUCACAUCUUUCUAUACACAAAAGAAUUCAUUCUGGAGAGGAACCCUACAAAUGUGAAGAAUGUGGAAAAGCCUUUAGCCAUUCCUCAACCCUUUCUGUACAUAAAAGAAUUCAUUCUGGAGAGAAACCCUACAAAUGUGAAGAAUGUGGCAAAGCCUUUAACCAGUACUCACAUCUUUCUGUACAUAAAGGAAUUCAUUCUGGAGAGAAACCCUACAAAUGUGAAGAAUGGAAAAGCAUUUAACCAGUCCUCAACCCUUUCUGUACAUAAAAGAAUUCAUUCUGGAGAGAAACAUUAGAAAUAUGAAUAGUGUGGCAAACCCUUUAACUCAGGGUCAUACCAGCCUUUACAAUAAAAAAAAAAUGAGAUAACAUGGAAACCCUAGAAAUAUGAAGAAUCUGGCAGUACCUUACUUGGUUUUCAUAACUUAUGAAGCUUAUAAGAAUUUACACUGGAGAGAAAUACUACAACUGUGAAUGGUAUGGCGAUGCACUUAAGCAGAGCUGAAACUUUACUAGACGUAAGAAAAUUCAUAUUGGAGAGAGAUCUUAUAAAUGAGAAUAACAUAGCAAACGUUUUAACUGAUUCUUGGCCCUUAGUAAACAUAACAGAAAUCAUGUCAGAGAAAAAUCAUAAUAUGAAGGUGUGUGGAAGCUUUAUACCAGUAAUUCUAGUUUUCUGUAUAUAGUAGAAUUCAUGUUAAACAGAAAAGCUAUAAAUGUGAAGAAGGUGACAAGUGUUUAACUUCUGCUCAAACGUUUCUUUAUGAAAUUCAUGACAAAGAAAACCCCUACAACUGUGAACACAAUGUUGAAUCUUAUAA